CUGGAUCCAACAGAACGGGCGCGUGGUGCAGCUCCUACCCUACUUUACUUCAAGCCACCUCCUUCUGCCUUCUUUUCUCUCACCGACUCUUCAACUCCUCUCUCAAUCUUUCUUCUCAACUACCACUUUUCAACGCGUCUCCCUUUUGCAAACUCACAUCACAAUGGUCAAAGCCGUAGUAGCCGGAGCCGCUGGAGGCAUUGGACAGCCCCUCUCUCUGCUCCUCAAGUCCUGCCAACACGUCACUGAGCUCGCCCUAUACGAUGUCGUCAACACACCAGGUGUCGCUGCCGAUCUCUCGCACAUCUCGACCCCAGCAGCUGUCACAGGUUUCCUGCCAAAGGAGGACGGUAUGCAAAAGGCCCUCACCGGCGCUGAUGUCGUUGUCAUCCCUGCUGGUAUUCCCCGCAAGCCGGGUAUGACCCGUGAUGAUCUCUUCAAGAUCAACGCCGGUAUCGUUCAGGGCCUCAUCGAGGGUGUUGCCAAGUACUGCCCCAAGGCGUUCGUACUCGUCAUCUCCAACCCCGUCAACUCGACCGUUCCCAUUGCCGCCGAGGUCCUCAAGAAGGCAGGCGUCUUCGACCCCAAGAGGCUCUUCGGUGUCACCACCCUUGAUGUCGUCCGCGCUGAGACCUUUGUCGCUGAGAUCACCGGCGAGAAGAACCCCGGCAACCUGAACAUCCCCGUCAUUGGCGGUCACUCCGGCGAGACCAUCGUACCUCUGUUCAGCCAGUCAAAGCCGAGCGUAAACAUCCCGGCUGACAAGAUGGAGGAUCUUGUCAAGCGCGUGCAAUUCGGUGGUGACGAGGUUGUUAAGGCAAAGGAGGGCGCUGGAUCCGCUACUCUUUCCAUGGCCUACGCCGGAUACCGCUUCGCAGAGAAGGUCAUCAAGGCCUCCAAGGGCGAGAAGGGCAUUGUAGAGCCCAGCUACGUCUACCUCCCUGGUGUUGAGGGCGGAGAUGCUAUCUCCAAGGCCACUGGUCUUGAUUUCUUCUCCGUGCCUAUCGAGCUUGGCCCCAACGGUGCCGAGAAGGCCAUCGAUGUUGUCAGCAGCGCCAACGACCAAGAGAAGAAGCUUCUCCAGGCCUGCUACGACGGCCUGAAGGGCAACAUCAGCAAGGGCGUCGAGUUCGUUGCGAACCCUCCUGCUAAGUGAGUGUACCCGGAUGUCGGUACAGCUCCUACACAAACUCACAUGCGCCUGUCUGUAGAUAGACUAUGAGCCGCCAUGGUGGGCAUGAGAGAUGACACUACGAGAACGUGCCUUGGGAUGUGCAUGAAUCUAUGCCGAUCUGAGCUAAAAUAUCAAUGUUCACACGACACAACAUAAUGACCCGUUACAAGUGAACUGCAUCGUUGUCAUCUUCGCUUUCAUGUAUGUACUAAGUUGCGUCGAAAGAUGUAUCGUUUCUAGAAUAUUCAGACUCGGUUACAAAUCGAGUGACAGACUAAUGUAACUCCGGCCUGGUGGAAUUGUGCUAUUUAGUUA